CGAGGGCGAUGAUGAGAUGGUGGAUGUUGAUGUUUGUGCUUGUGGAGAUAGCACCAGAAGAAAAAUGGAUGCUCUAACAGAUAGUGCAGCUGAGAUCAUUCCGUUGGAACUCUAUGAUUCAGCCCGAGCAAAAAUAGCUGCUAAUCUACAAUGGAUCUGUGCUAAAGCAUAUGGAAUAGAUAACAUCCCAGAGGAACUGAAAGACCCGUUUUAUAUAGACCAGUAUGAGCAAGAACAUAUUAAACCACCUGUCAUCAAGCUGUUACUGUCCAGCGAGCUCUACUGCCGUGUCUGCAGCCUCAUUCUGAAAGGGGAUCAGGUGGCCGCUCUACAGGGACACCAAUCGGUCAUCCAGGCUCUGUCUCGGAAAGGGAUUUAUGUCAUGGAGAGCGAUGAUACACCUGUGUCUGAAUCAGACCUCAGCUGUGUGCCAAUCAAAAUGAGUCCUCACAUGGCAAUGAUUGAUGCUCUUAUGAUGGCCUACACUGUGGAAAUGAUCAGCAUUGAAAAAGUGGUUGCAAGUGUCAAAUGCUUCUCUACGUUUAGUGCCUCAAAAGAAUUGCCCUAUGAUCUGGAGGACGCAAUGAUAUUCUGGAUUAAUAAGGUGAACCUAAAAAUGAGAGAGAUAACGGAAAAAGAGAUAAAACUAAAACAGCAAUUACUGGAAAGCCCAGGUCACCAAAAGUCUCCUUCCAAAUGGUAUUGGAAAUUAGUACCUGUACGUUACCGCAGAGAUCACCUCUCAAAUAGGCAGUUACCAUUUUUCCCAUUGCUUGAAGAUCUGAUGAAGGACUGCAGUGAUGGGGCGGCUUUACUGGCUGUAAUACAUUAUUAUUGUCCCGAACAAAUGAAACUAGAUGAAAUCUGCCUGAAAGAAGUAACGUCGAUUGCCGACAGCAUCUAUAACAUUCAGCUGCUUCGCGAAUUCUCGAAUGAAUAUCUAAACAAAUGCUUUUACCUCACGUUGGAGGACAUGCUGUAUGCGCCUUUGGUUCUAAAGCCCAACGUAAUGGUCUUCAUUGCUGAAUUAUUCUGGUGGUUUGAGAAUGUCAAGCCAGACUUUGUUCAACCCAGAGACUUCCAAGAAGUAAAAGAUGCUAAAGCAAUGUUGCAGCAGAAGAGCAGUCGCCCACCUGUUCCUAUUUCCAACGCAACCAAGCGAAGCUUCAUGGCUACUCCACCUGCUUCUGGUUCAGUGGACGUGCAACCCCAAAUCCAGUUCUCUCUGGAAUCUUGCAACAGGUAUAACCUGCAUCCUGAAGAAUUUGAGUAUUUUGGAAAAGGAAGCCCUGCCUUCAGUCCAGCCCAUCCACUACUGCCUUUGAGACAGAAACAGCAGAAGUCUCUGCAGGGGACGGACAGUUCAGACCAACGGCAUCGUUCUAAUUCAUUGACUAAAGUAGAUGGGCAGCCUCGGGAUUCUGUUCUUGCAUGGCCAGAAAAGAAACAAAGGCCUCUUUCUCAACCAACGCCAUUUGCUCUUCAUGCUGCAAGCAGUGAUGCGGACCCUAGUUCUGUCGAUAGUAUUAGCUUGGCUCGGUCGAUCAGCAAAGACAGUCUAGCAUCAAACAUCGUCAACAGCACUCCCAAACAGCAGCCUCAGUAUGCGCCGAUGAAAAGCAACGGGAAAAGCUUACUGAACAACGUUGAAAUAGAGGAUGAGGACGAAGAACUGGUUGCGAUCAUUCACCCGGGUGCCACAGCCAACCACGCCAACCUUGAACUUCAGAGCGCCCCAGCUAGACCAUCCGGUCCAGUUGCAACUGCAUGGGCUCCGAAAUCGCAAAACGAAGCCUCAGAAAGUAAACCCGAGAGCUUUUUCCUAGAGCCUUUAAUGCCUGCUGUGCUACGGCCUGCAAAGGAAAAGCAAAUAAUCAAUAAAGAGGAUGAAUGUGGGGAAGGAAAGAUGAGAGGCUUUGCAGCAAAGAGAGUGACUGAGGGGCACGUGGCUUUGGUCCGUAAGAAAGCCAAUAGUAGCCAUGGAGAUUGCAACCUCAAUAGGACUUUUAACGUAACUCCUAAUUCCGAAUUAACAACGCUUCCCGUUUCCAGCGUGGCCGAUCCUGCACUACGUUCGGAUUCCAGAGUAGAACCCUUUCGGCCGCCAGCAUGUAGCAGCUUAGAACCUUCGUCUCGAGAACAAUCCUUUGGAGGAUUCUUCCUUCACGCUAAAGCCGAUGAGGAUGCGCUGAGCAGCGCCAACGUUGGCACGGUGAGAAGUGCAAAUUCGCCUGCUGCGGAUACCUCGUGGACGAUGGUCAGGCAAGACUCUGACACGGACAUUCUAGACAUGGAGGAAGCCGAGCAAGAUUUGGUGGCAGAUGACCACCCGAUAAUUGCCAAAUUCAUAGGAGAAGAGGAAUCGGCAAAGCUACAAGAAGACAUGAAGGUCAAGGAGCACGAAGAUAAAGAUGAUGCCAGUGGACGUUCAAGUCCGUGCCUGAGUACCAUUUCUCAGAUUAGUAGUGUGUCCAUGACCAGCGGGAGUGCCAAGAUGACAAACUUUGCCGAGCGAAAGCUUCAGAGGCUAAAUAGCUAUGAAACAAAAUCUAGCACAAGUAGCUCCCAGAAGACUACGCCCGACGGGUCCGAGUGUUGUCCGGCGCCAUUGACCACAUGGAAACAGAAGAGGGAGCAAAGCCCCAACAGGCAAAACAAGGAACACGUGAAUCUGUUGGCGUCUGAACUGGUGCAGCUCCAUAUGCAGUUGGAGGAGAAGCGAAGAGCGAUAGAGGCUCAGAAGAAGAAGAUGGAAACGUUAUCAGCCAGGCAGCGGCUAAAACUUGGCAAGGCAGCGUUCUUGCAUGUAGUGAAAAAAGGGAAAAGCCCUGACGUUUCUCCGUCACUUAAGCCGGAACAAUUCACGAAAGAAUAUUCAGGGCACAAUGGGGAUGGCAUGGAUGAUGAUAGCUUGAACUCUCAAUCAAAGGCGUUCCUCAUGAAGGAGGAAGGGGGUGAAGAUGCACUUGAUUUCCACGGAGCGCCCAAGGUGAAGGCCCAAGAAACCAUUGCGUUUGUCGAGGAAAGCAAUCCAAAAGAAGCCACCAUGAACGAGAUAGAGAAAAGCAAAAUGAUUUCUGCUGCCCUUCUAGAAGAGAACAUAGAGUCCGCUGAUAUCAACGAAUGUGACCUUUCCAUUGAGAAGCUAAAUGAAACUAUCAGUACCUUGCAGCAGGCUAUACUGAAGAUUUCUCAGCAGCAGGAGCUUCUUAUGAAAACGCCAGCGGUGCCAUCGUUGAGAGGCGGCUCUCAGGACCAAAAGAUUAAAGCUCCUGUUCAUUUUGUGGAACCCCUCUCCCCCACGGGCAUGAGCACCCUUCGUAAACCACCUCGUCUCGGUCAAGGACGGAGUCCCCGCUUGGGGAGACCGUCUGAACUGAAAGUGGCUAAGGACCGUCCGCAAAUGGCAAUACGCAUCAAAACCCCGACUCCCAGCGUUGACACCUUACCACACUUAAGACAGUUUCCGUUAAACAAUUCCUCCAAAAUGCUGACGGAAACUGCGGUCGAAAAUAAUUUGGACCCAGGUAGCGCUCCUCAGGAGAAACUUCCCUUCGAUAGCUACAGACUUUGUGACGAGAGCAACCAGCGGGGCGGAUUUAUUCUGUCCACUUCCAAGGACACAAAUCUCCUCUCUGAACCUGUCAAAGAUGUGAAUAGCAACAUAGAAGAUUUUGCUUCUUUUGACGGCUCAGGAAAAGAGAAUAUCCCGGCAGAGGAAUCUCUGAGAAGCAAAGGUAGCCUUAUUGAAGUAGACCUGUCUGAUUUAAAAGUCCCAGACGAAGUAGGAGAGGUUGAGAACCCGGACAGUUCUACGGAUAUAAUCGGCGAAAUUGACCAGAAGUCAGGAGUUGGCUUUUUCUUUAAGGAUGAGCAGAAAGCGGAAGACGAGCUUGCAAAGAAACGUGCAGCUUUCCUUUUAAAGCAGCAGCGCAAAGCCGAAGAAACACGGCUUCGAAGGCUACAUCUCGAGGAACACCUUGAACAAAAGAGAGAUGAAGCCCGUCGCAAAACUGAAGAGGACCGAAUACGGAAAGAGGAAGAGAAAGCCAGGCGAGAACUCAUCAAACAAGAAUAUUUAAGAAGGAAGCAGCAGCAGAUCUUGGAAGAACAAGGCCUUGGGAAGCCCAAACCCAAACCCAAGCCCAAGAAGCCCAGGCCGAAAUCUGUCCAUCGCGAAGAGUCUUACAGUGACUCCGGAACAAAAUGUUCUUCUACUCCGGAUAAUCUAAGCAGCGCGCAAUCUGGUUCGAGCCUGUCCUUGGCAUCGGCGGCAACAACUGAGCCUGAAAGUGUCCAUUCUGGUGGCAUGUCUUCACAGCGAGUGGAGUCAAUGGAAUCCUUACCCAUAUUAAGUAGGAACGCAAGCCGAAACAUGGAGAGAGAUUGGGAGAACACCUCAACUGCUUCUUCAAUCGCUUCAGUAGCAGAAUAUACUGGUCCAAAGCUCUUUAAAGAACCCAGUAGCAAGUCCAACAAACCCAUCAUCCACAAUGCUAUCUCCCACUGCUGUCUUGCUGGAAAAGUGAAUGAGCCUCACAAGAAUUCAAUAUUGGAGGAGCUUGAGAAGUGUGAUGCCAACCACUACAUUAUUUUGUUCCGUGAUGCCGGCUGCCAGUUCAGAGCACUUUAUUGCUACUACCCCGACACGGAAGAAAUCUACAAGCUGACCGGAACGGGCCCCAAGAGCAUCACCAAGAAAAUGAUUGACAAGCUUUAUAAGUACAGCUCAGACCGAAAGCAGUUCAAUCUGAUUCCAGCCAAAACCAUGUCCGUCAGUGUAGACGCUCUGACAAUUCAUAACAAUUUGUGGCAACCCAAGCGGCCGGCAGUGCCAAAGAAAACUCAGACUCGCAAAUGACACUACGUUUCUGUGGGAGACUUAUUCUAGAGCUCACGAUGGGGGUAUGAAACAAGCAAAACCAUAAAAUGUUUUCUUUUUAAAAUGUCGAUGCAAGGAAAGAAUGAAGGAAAAACAUGUGUGCUUUUUUCUUUUCGGUAUGAAUGGUAAAAUGGCUGUUACACCCCUUGCUAAUGACAGAGGCUUUUCACACGAGGGAAGGUGCAUGUAGCAAGACUUUAAGCAUUGGAUUUUCUUUUUACUUGAAGUUCUUCAUUGGUACAAAUUGGGACAUAUUUUCCCCCUCUCUUCUGGUUUUCUCUCCCCAACCUCAGCAAUCAGACUCAGAGAACAGUGCAUGCUGCACUUCGGGAGAACAACAAGGGGACCAGGCUGUGUGUGGCAGGCUCUUAAGGAAUCACUUUUAGGAAAAGCUAACUUUAUUUUCAACUCUGGGCACGCGAUAGCAUAUGAUAUUGGUACUGUACCUACUGCCAACAUUCAACCAGGCUCUGACUUCUGGAGGAAAAGCAAACCAACCCAGCCCUUGCUGCUCAGAACAAUGUUUACCGAUAGUAUCCAUUCUUUCUAUGUACUGAAAGAUAUCAAAUCUGUCUUUUUUAAAAUUAAAAUGGAGGAUUUAUGCAAAUUAGAAUGGCUGAUUUAACAUUUCUGCAACGCAAUCACGAAGAAGAAAACAGGUGCUACUGGCUGGAAUACCUCCCCCACCCCUUUGAAACUUGAGGCACGCGGAACGGAGUACAGUCAACAUUGAUUUCCUGUUUCAAACAGUAUCCUAACGUUAUUAUUUUUUUUGGUCGUUUUAAUAAAGACAGAUUCUAGUAAUAGCAGAAAGUUUUCACUCAGAGCACGUUAUUCCUAUACGAUGGUGCACUUAACGAUUAGAAAUUCUAAUGCUUUUUUAAUCAUGUCCCGAAAUGUAACUCUACUUUGUCCUUUUUAGGGAGGUUGGGGGUGAGCAUCAUGUGCUAAAAUGGAGGGUGUGAUCUUUUUUUUAGUGGGGUGGGGGUUACAUAAGGAUACAAACCCAUUUCCAUAUACUAGCAGUUUUAAAAGAAACCUGCACAUGUUUUGAAAGCUCAAAUAACUCUGAUGGUUUUGUUCCCCACCCCUUCAUCUUGAAAUAUUAAAUCUUGAGUGAACACCUUUAAAAAUGUGUAUUCCCCCCCUUCAAAAAUGAACCUAUUUAUAUCUGGUGGCUUAAUGACAGCAGAUUUGAUUAAUAACCAUGUAUCUGUUUCCAAACAUGCCCACCCUGUUAUAGAACUUUUAAGAUUUGUAGUUCCAGUCUCUCAAUCAAUUACCAAGCCUAAUAGCGCAUCUUACUUUGAUUCUACUGCCUGGGAUUUUCUUUGUAGGGUUUGUAGCACUGGUUUGCACAUGUUUACUUCUACUUGAAGUGUUACUUGAAUAUGUUUCAUGUAGAGAAAGGACUAGAGGCGAGAAAAGUGGAAACUCUAAAACACAAUCCUUUGUAAUUAUUUAAUGAGCUUAAAAUAAGAAUUGGGGAUGAAAAGUGAGUUUUGCAUAGAAAGGGUGAAAAAAUAGGAUAUUUAACGCGAACUAGAGAAACGAGAAUGAAGGUCUUCCAUUGCAUUCUCAGUUUUCAUUCCCUUACAGUACUUUUUAAAUAGGUCGGCUGUAAAUUUUGUUUGAUAGUGGGCUACCCUGUAAAUAAGGAAAAGGCUUCAUUAUUUCUAUAAGUGCUAAGUAUUAAAUGCUGUCAUGAGUGUAAUUUUUUUUUGUUACAUGCUUCUCAUACUUUUAUUUCUCACUGUUUGAUAUUAUACAACAUAUUUAUUUUAUGGAAGCACUGAAAUUUAAUAAAGAACAUCAGCUGAUUUUUUUGUUAUUCCA